AUGGAUCAAACUGAUCGUUGCUGCCGUCUUUAUCAUGAUUGUUGUGCUGUUUCAUUUGAAUGUGAUCCAGAGACAUCUGAAUACGAGGCAAGUUUAUGGAAAGGCAAUGUCAAAUGUAUUGAUCAAGAAGGCACAUCCAUUGCAGCACCAGCUCAAUAUGUGCCUUUCCAGGUGCCACCACAACGUGCCAAUUAUACAAAGUCCAAAUGGAAUCAACAGGGAAUAACGGUUGCUCAUGAUCUUUUAAACAUACGGGGAAUAUUUAUUGAUCACAACGAUGAUCUUCAUGUGGUACAAAUGAGUGAAGAUAGUGUUCUCAAAUUCAGUUCAAACAAUGGAGGAACAGUAGCAGAUACCGAUGGUAAUCUGUUUAUUACGGAUUAUUAUAAUUAUCGAAGACAGAAAUGGUCUCCUAACAGUGAUCAAGGUGUAACCAUUGUUACCUUGAAUGGCUCUGUACCACGAUCAUUAUAUGUUGAUAAACAAGGAGACAUUUAUUUCUCGUAUUUAUCAUUAUCUAGUUUUUCAAAUUUUAGUCAGCUAACAAAAUAUCCACCAACAGACAAAACUUUUCUUAAACAUGAAGUGAAUAAUACAAAUGGAAUAUUCGUUGAUCAAUGUGGAACAGUCUACAUAGCUGAUGCAAGCUCUGGAACAGUUCAAAAGAUUUCAAAGGGCAAUUCAAAGGGUGUUGCUGUAGCAACUGGUUUAGCAGAUCCUUGGGAUGUUCAACUUGAUAAUUAUGGCAAUUUAUAUGUAGUUGAAUAUCACAGCAAUCGUGUUCAACGAAUGAGUAUACGUGACGGUACAAUGAAACCAAUAAUUAAUAAAUCCGGCGCAUUCGGAGGUGACAGUGAACGCUUGAAUUCUCCAAUGAGUUUAGCUUUUGAUUCCCAGUACAAUUUAUAUGUUACUGAUCAAGAAACAUUCAAGAAAUCUAUGGAUAUCGAAACCAAAUAA